CUCCUAAGGUCCAAGGACCAGAGGAGUGGAUGGUCUCAUCUCCAUUUUACUGUUGAGAACAGAGCACUGAUGCUCUUCUACCAAAUAGCCUGCCAGUGUGGCUUCAGCAAAUGGACGGUGCAGCACUUUGUGCUCCAGAAGAAGCGUUUUGUACAUGAGUCCAUCAGUGGGUAUUACAGAGUGUCAUCUUAUUUCUUUGGAAGUCUUUUGCCUGAUUUACUACUCGCGAUGUUCUUGACAAGUUUUGUAUUUAUUUGUAUACUAUACUUCAUGGUCGGAUCCAAGCCAGGAAUAGAGACUUUCUUCAUCAUGUUCUUAACCCUCCUGGCAGUGGCUUUUUCAUCGAUUUCCAUGACCCUGACCAUAGUAGCAGGACACACUGACGGAAGUACAGUAAUCCGUAUCAUGGACUUCUAUUUUACAUUUAUGAUGAUUCUUUUGGGUCUGUCAUUGUAUUUUGGAACCAGGACAACUCAAUUCUCAUGGGUUCACUUCUUCAGCAUUCCUUAUUAUGGCUUUAUGGCUUUGCAGCAUAAUGAGUUUUUGGGAAGAAACUUCUGUCCAACACUCAAUAUAACAAACGGCAAUCACUGUCCUGGCUAUGUAAUAUGUUCUGGUGAAGAAUUCUUGUUAAUGCAGGAUAUGGAUCUCUCACCUUGGGGCUUAUGGAGGAAUCAUGUGGCUUUGAAUAUUCUGAUAUUUAUCUUUCUCAUAAUUGCCUACCUAAGAAUGUUAUACCUUAAAAGAAUUUCUUAAAUUUCACUUUCAUUUACUGCAAAUUAUUUUCACAUUUAAAAAGCACCCUAAUUUACUUUAAGUAUCUAAUAAUUUUUUGUCUUUUGUUCAGUUCCAUCGCACUGUUGAUCAGGAACAAUUAUUUUCAACAGAAAAUCAAAAAACAACAAAAUGAAUUAUGCAUCAAAGAACAAAAACCAAAAUCUAAUGCUAUUUCAUAUUGUAUUAAUUUAUCUCUCCAGAAUGUAAGUAUUAGGAAGAAUUCAGGCUAAUUUAUUGACCUGAAAAAGGAGAACUUGUCUCUAGAAACUCAUAACAACUUUCCAUUAUCUCUGGCAUCAGGUUCCCCAUGCACAAAAUGAGUAGGCAGGUUAGUAGCCCUACAGUUUUAAUAGUCUAUGAAUCUACCAUUAAAUAUGAUCUGCCAUUAAAUAAAUAAAAUGUGUAAAUGUUGUAUUA